AGAGAAGGAGAAGUGUGUUUAAAAUGAACCCGUUUGGCAAACAGUGUUGUCAAGGCGGAUUCAGGAUUUCUCUGUAACAUAGCCCCACCUCUGCUGUUUGGGUCAGAGGCGGAUGUUUGCAGCUUUGUCUGAAAGGCUGACUGUGAGAGUGGAUUGGUUACAUUGAAUGGAUACAUGCCUCGUGAAUGUAUCGGCUGCUGCGGCGUGGCUAACGUCAGGAUCAGAAGCAGAUGGACAAGCCGGGAGGGCAGGACAAGGUCGAUAUUUAUCGGGACACUUGGGUCCGGUUUCUGGGAUAUGCCAAUGAAGUUGGUGAAGCAUUCCGGGCACUAGUACCUGUAGGACUGGUCUGGGCUACUUAUGGCAUAUCAACUGCAUAUGUUACAGCUGAUGCAGUUGACAAGGGGAAGAAAGCGGCUGUUGCUCAUGGAGACAAACCUGGAAAAGCUAUGACUGUCGGUGUUGCCGUGGUGGAUACUUUCAUCUGGCAGGCAUUGGCCUCCGUUGUAAUUCCAGGAUUCACCAUCAAUCGAUUGUGUGCUGCUUCCCUUUUGUUACUUGGAAAAACUACAAGGUGGCCACUGCCUGUGAGAAAGUGGACGACAACUGCUAUUGGCUUGUCUGCCAUCCCAGUUAUUAUAACUCCCAUUGACCGGUCUGUGGACUUUCUUUUGGAUUCUACACUAAGAAAGUUAUAUGGAUCAGAAGAAAAACACAAACCAUAACCAAAGGCAAUUGGAACUUUAAGCCAGUUUAAUACUUGUAUACACUAUAAACCUUAAAUUACAUUGCAGGGCAAUGAACUCUGUACUCCAACUCUGGAGAACCAGUUUCCAUUUUUUUGAGGCUUUAGAUGAAAAGCUGGAAAAAUAGGUACUUGUUUAUCCUUGUAAUCACAUUGCUGUACAAUAUCAGUGUUUUCGACUUUCCUGACACUGACUCUCUCAGACAGUUCAGGAAUGCUUGCGAAUGUUGCCAUUACAUUGAAACCAAUGAGUAUCCCUGAAAAUACAGGUGUCAAAUGACCCAAAGAUAGGGCACCCACAUCCUUAAAUUGUGGGGUAGCUUUAAAUACUGAACAAAUAUCCAUCAUUUGUCACUACUGUUUAACUGGUCUGAAUUUGUAACAUUCUUCAGUUAGAAUCUGACUUUAUGGUUUGUGGGCCUAGAGGCACAACUUGAGGAAAGUUCCCCUCGACCUUCACAAUAUUUCCAAAAUCCAAUGUAACAUAAUACUGGUGUUUCCUCGAGAUGAGAAUUGGAUAGAUCAGCUUUGUAAUAAUCAACUAUUCUCUUUAGGAGAAAACAGAUGUAAAUCUGUGCCACCUUACAAGUAAGGCCCCACAGUGUAGCUCCUACAAAACAGGCAGGUGGGGGGUGACUUAAAGUUUUAUAAAACCAUGAGGUGUAUAGACAAGGUUAAUGGUAGGUAGCUUGUUCCCCCCCAUAGGAUGGGGAAAUUUAAAGACUGGGGAUGGACAUUUAAGGUGAAGAGGAAGAUUUGGGUGGGUGGGAGAAAGAAAGAAAAAAAAAGAAAAUGGAGAGGGGUACAUUUGUGUUACGCUGAGUGUGGUUUGCAUGCAAAAAAAAGUACUUCCUGAGCAAGUGGAGGAUGCAGGCACACAGUUUUAACCUUUUAAAAGGCACUUUGAUAAGUACAUGAAUACCACAAGAAGUGGUUAGGGACUAGUUUAGUUUGGGAUUAUUUCAGCAUAUGGGCUGUUUGUGCUAUAUGGCUAUCAUUAUUAGUGAGAUUUCCAUGUCUGCAGUUAAUUGUGAUAGGCACAGUAUAUCAAAUUGUAUUAAUUCCUACUAGAAGGAAUUUGCAUAUUAUUCUAAAUGAAAGUUACUCAAUUCUCAACAGUAUUAGUACUUGAAUCAGUGAAUGGUCAGUAUUGAGAUAAAACAAAUUGACAAAAAUGCUGUACUAAAAGCUGAACCCAUCUCCUUUGGACUUACAAAAGGAAGUGUUCAGGAUAAAAUAUACAACUAAAAUUAGAUGAUUAAAAUUUACAAGACCCCACACUAGUCACUUUAGGCCAUAUGAGAAUCUAAGAUGAAUCAGAAUUCUUUCAAAGCUCAAUUUAAUGGAAACAAGGGUAAGUCUGCCCAAUUUAUAUCAGCUUCUUGGUGCUAUUCCUUAAGAAAUACUAGUAGGGACAUUUGAAAGAAGCAGCUUACUGGACAGAAAUGGCCUCUUGUACUUCACAUGCAGUUCUAGACUUUGGUCUAGAGUUAUUUUCAAGUCUUGAUACUGAUAUCAAAAAAAAAUUCUUUGGAUUAUGCAUGUUUCUUAGAGUUAGUUUGUUAUGAGGAGCACUGAAUUUGUGAAAUCAGACCCAGGGCACUGAAUGAGGUGUGAACUUGAAAUAAGUCAAAGAUCUCAGCUGCACAGAUCCACUACUGUAGACUAAAGUAGAGGGCCAGAGUGGACUUGUUGGGUUGAAGGGCCAGCUUCCACUGGGGAUUCUUGGGAAUUCCUUCUAUCCCUCAAGUUUCCAAAACUGGUUCAAUAUGGUUUCAGGUUAUCAUUUGAAAUUCAAGUGAUUGGACCUCACUGGCUAGGUAAAAUCUUCAUUGUUGACUAUCCUCUAGACAACAGGCUAUCAAUCAACUUUGCUGUUGGGAGGCCAGUAGAGUCCUUCUAGGGAAGGAGACAAACUGACUUUCUGGAAGCUUGUUAGUGGUUUAAUACUCACUGCAUUCCAGAUUCUAGAUGGAAACUCCUAUCUGCUGGGGUGUUCUGGGCAUCUUUAUUACUUUUGUCUGAAAGACAUCUAGCAGCAAUACCAUUACUUUCCAUCCAUAAAAAAGCCAAAAUUCAAAUAAUUGAAGCUUCACAACAUACUGCAUUAAAGUGGUUUCUAAAGGCUGGCAUAGAAAGAUGGAAGAGUUAAAUAAAUAGUUGCGAACUGAAACUUUGAACUGAGUUUGCUAGUGAUAGUGCCAUUUGGAUCCCAUUGUCUUAGCCACUUGAGAUCCUACCAAUUUGGGAACCAUUACUCAAACUCAGGAUUUGAUCUAACUGCACCUCUAGACUAGAUUUCAGAAACACUUGUAUUCAGCCAAAAAUUCUCUACAGAUGUCUGACUGCAAUAUAUUCCAAACUGGAUUCUUGUCCUAGGAUGUCCUAUUCCUUGACCUCUAUUUAGUACAGCUCCCAUACCAGGACUCCUAUUUUAUGAAUCUGCAGGUAUAUGUGGCCUUCUAUUGUCACUCACCCACCUUCCUAAAAGUUUAGGUUCAGUCUAAGAGUGCACAGUACUUUUGCUGACUAUAGUGGACAGAUUGUGCCAAGGGCAGUUUUAGUGGGUCACAUUCAAGGUGCCUACAUGGCAUUGAAUAGAGCUUCAACCUGAGUAGGGUAUUAAGAUUGAUUAAUUGGUUUCAAGAUGAUUUUAAAAACUCAGCACAAUGUUGCUCCAUUUUUCCCCAUGAAAAGCUAUAAUCUGAACAAAGUAGUAGAAGGCACUAGUUUUUUUUGCUAGUUCUAAAGUCUCUGAAGUCACCAUCUGAAAGGCUUUUCCUCUUUCACUUGUGGAUCCCACAGGACCGUAACUCAAGUUUUUGGUCUAUUCAAUCUGGUCCAUUGAUUGCAGAUGAUGUGUUUCUAAUUUAUUUCUACAUUCUCCCCACCAGAGACUAUUUCCCAGGGCAGAAAAGGCUAACACGAGGGGUCAUAGUUUUAAGCUGGUUGGAGGAAAGUAGAGGGGAUGUCAGAGGUGGGUUCUUUACACAGUUGAGAGAGCAUGGAAUGCGUUGCCAGCAGCAGUUGUGGAAACAAGGUCAUUAGGGACAUUUAAGAGACUGCUGGACAUGCAUAUGGUCACAGAAAUUUGAGGGUGCAUACAUGAGGAUCAGUGGUCAGCACAACAUCGUGGGUUGAAGGGCCUGUUCUGUGCUGUACUGUUCUAUAACCCUGGAUCCUCUAAUCAAGUUUUAGUGACUUGCUUCCACAACCCUGAGGGUUGCUGGUUAGCCUCCCUGCUGGUGCCUCAAUUAGAUCAAAAGCUAGGAUUUUUCUGUAAAAAUAAGUGAAAACAAAGUACAGGAACUACAGUCUGGUUCUCAGCAAUAUUUGGAGCUGCCAGCAUUAACUAGAAUGAGACCAGCUGACUACAAUUCAGGUCAGUAAAACUGACUGUUGAAGUAUCUGUUUUCAUGUUGCUUUGUCAGGGAUUUGACAUUGCAAUGAGGAUUUAGAUGCUGUGGGGUAAAAUUUUAGUAAAAUGGCUAAUUAUAGGAAAUCCAAAGAAAGCUGUAGCCCAAGUUUUAAGAGUUGAGGAAAGUACAUAAGAAAUGUUAAAGAUUAAAGGAGUUGCUAACCAAAUUUGUAUUUAAAUCUGACUCAGUCACUUUAAUGUAGACAAGUUGUCAAUUGCAUUCACCUAGUAGCCUGCACAUGAAUAGACAAUUGUGCAUUUCAUAAUUAUCCCUCAAGCUAUCAACAUUAAAGCUGCUUUUGUCUGAUUUGCAGUUGCAAAAGAGUGCAGAGAUUCAAAGAAAGUUGUGAAAAGAAAGGCUAUUCAGGUCACUGAAUAUUGGCAGAUAUAUUGAAACACUGCAGAUUCUGGUUUUGUUCCCUUGCAGAUUAAAGUACUACAGGAAGUUGCAUGCUUCAUCCCGAUAUGAAUUUGACACCCAUAUUGUCAAGGUAGGCAUUUCCUUGGCUUGUCCAAGGCCCAAAGGCAGCUUAAGCCUAUGACUUCAGGCCAGGAAUCUCUUCCCUGUCAAAGGGAAAUUUUUUUAAUUUCACAUUAAGCCAACUCAAUCUUACUGAGAUGCCCAUCUUUGUGUUCAGCCUAAAUUUCCUUCCAUAUCAAGAACAAAAAUACUUCAGUCAGGUUUGAUCUUGCUAUUACUACCAUUGCACUUUUCUUGCUUUACCCUCCUGAACCUUGAAAAACUCAAAAUGGUGGAUUGUCAGCAAAUACUAAUUCUUUAUUGCCUGUGAUUUGAGAAAGUUCACAUUCCACUUGCUGUAUUCCCUUGGGUUUUACUACAUAGAAUAAAAACCUUUAACUUUGCAAACUUGCACAA